GAGACGCUUUUGUGUCUGGCUUCCCGUCUGGCGCGCACUCGACACGUUGUUUACCUUGAAGUGCGCAAGCUGCACGUUUUUGUUUACAAUCUCGCAACUUCCUUUCCUCCGUCUGCACUCAUCUCAUUCACACUGGCAACCGGAACCGAAGCGGGACCGGAUGUCACUUCUCCUGACCUUGAGUUUCUUUCAAAGAUGGAGAGCUGAACUCUUUUUUUCUUUUUUAAUGGGGAACAAUGAAUAGUUUCACAAGACUUGGGAGAGCUCCUCUUCGUUGUUCCAUUUCACUCUAAAUUACUAGACGGACGGAGGCUUUGGGCAUCUACUCGACUGGGUAGAACGUCACGUGUUUCUGGAGUGAUUGAUUUUCAGAUUGGAUUUCUUAAGUUUUGGAGAGUCCACUCAAUAUUGGGCUAUUCCAUUCAUUCAGCCCCAAUGUAAUGUCAUGAGUGUUGUCUGCCAUGUAAUCAGAUUACAUCGACACGCUCGGCUGCGGAAGAGGAAACACCCGCGCGCAUCGCGUUUGCAGUUGGGCGCGCGGACGCGCAGCCGAAGGGUGGGAUCGAGUCGAGCCUCCGCGCGCAUUUCACUUCGACACACACACACACACACACACACGCGUGGAGUAUCUGGCUCGUCGGGACCGGCAGAACUUUUUUGGUGUCCAAAAGCGAGAGGAAGCAAAGGGAACCGGCUCACGUACGUCACGACAAGUAGCGCCAGAUGAUAAGGCACGCCGUUGCCACCGGCCUGGUUCUAGCGGCGGCCCUGGUCCUGGUGCCGCUCCCCAUCUGCGGCUACACCUUGGAUGUGGAUCAGGCGACGCUCUUCUCCGGCGCUCCCGCUUCCAUGUUCGGCUACUCCGUGCUGCUCCACCGGCACGGCAAGCGCAGCUGGUUGGUGGCGGGAGCUCCGGUGGACAACUCGUCUUCGUCCGGCUCGGCGUCUCCAGGCGGCGUCUAUCGUUGCCUCAUCGCGACAGAUGAGCAAAAGUGCCAGCCCAUGCCCGCCGACGUGUCGCACUGCGGGAAGACGUGCCGGCCCGAGAGCGACCACCAGUGGUUGGGCGUCAGCCUGUCGCGAGCGGGAGGACACGUCCUGGCGUGCGCCCACCGCUGGAAGAACGUCUUCUACUCCAGCGUGGACGGGCAGAACAACAAACUUCCGCACGGGGUUUGCUAUCGCUACGAUGACAAGCUGUCCCACGCGCAGGCCAUCAUCCCCUGCUACAGAGACCACCAGAGGAAGUUUGGUUACGAGUACGGCUCCUGUCAGGCCGGGAUGUCUAACCGGCUCUUUCAGGACCUGAUCAUCAUGGGCGCUCCGGGGACGUCGUACUGGACGGGUUCCGUGCUUGUGUACAACACUUCCGGCGGCGGCGUGUCCGUCUACCUGGACGACGACGACGCGGUGGGCUUCGGGAGCUACUUGGGCUACUCAGUGGACGCAGGCCACUUCCUGGAUGCUGUGAGCUUGGAGGUGGUGGGAGGUGCCCCACAGUACAACCAGAGGGGAAAGGUGUUUGUCUUCUCAAUGGACGGCCACAUGCUACGCGUGCUAGCUGACGUGUCAGGAACAGAGCUGGGCUCCUAUUUUGGCGCUAGCCUGCGUGCGGUGGACCUGAACGGCGACGACCUAUCAGAUCUCUUGGUGGGCGCUCCCAUGGCAACGGGCGCUAGCAGGGAGGAGGGGCGCGUUCACGUCUUCCUCAACCAGGGCCAGGCCAAGCUAGUGGAGGCGGAGUUUCAGCUGAGCGGGGGCAAUGCCCACGCCGCCCGAUUCGGCGAGGCCAUCGCGGACUUGGGAGACCUGGACGAUGACGGUUACCCCGAAGUGGCGGUCGGUGCCCCCCAGGAGGACGACCUCAAAGGGGCCGUGUACAUCUACAACAGUGGGAAUCGGGGCAUCUCGCCAAAACCGUCACAGAGAAUCAGCGGGGCGGCGCUGGGUCGUGACCUGCGCAUGUUCGGCCAAUCGCUGAGCUCCGGCGUGGAUGUCGACGACAACGGGUACCAAGACGUGGCCGUCGGUGCAUUCCUCUCGGACGCCGCCGUCGUUCUCAGGUCUCGUCCCGUCCUGCGGGUGACGGCCUCCCUCGUCCUGCCCGAGAACAUUCAACAGCGGGCGACCGCCAUCAACGUCACCGUCUGCUUCCGAGUCACCUCCAGACGCUACAAAGGAGCCAUCGAUCUUCACUACAACCUGACUUCCGACCUCCUCCACCUUCCAUCCUUCCCGCACCGUUUCUAUUUCCACGGCAACGGCUCGUCCAAUAGCACGAGGGCUCACGUGAGGGUGCGCCUCGGCCAGCUGAGCUGCACCGAUCACGUUGCGCAGCGGAGGAAGGACACCCGCGACAUUUUCACGCCGGUCCGAUUCCAAGUUUCCUACAGCCUCCCGGACGGCGAGCCUCCCAAACACGCCGCCAAAGGCUUUGCGGCGCUCAGGCCCGUCCUGCAGAAGGUGACGGGCAGCCGCAAUAUCGUCGGCAAUCAGACGCUGUUCGCUCGCCGCUGUUUCCUGGCCAACUGCUCCACGGACGUGCGACUGGGCGCCACGCUGGUCCUGCCGCCGAGCGGCGGCGGCGGGAGCUACUUUGCGUUGGGCGCCGGGCAAAGCGUGAUGCUCAACACCAGCCUGGCGGUGGCCGGAGACGACGCCUUCCUGCCGCGUCUGACGCUGCGUUUCCACCGCGACCUUCACUACGUCAGAGUGGUGGACAACGAGGACAAGACGGUGAGCUGCGAUGUGACGGAAGAAGCCAACGGCACCCAAGUCAGCUGCGGCUUCUCCGGCCACAUCUUGCCGUCUGGCUCCCAGGUCAACGUCAGCUUCCUGUUGGACGUGGACCGCCGCGCCGCGCCUGGCAACCUGCUCGUCCUGGCCAACGCCAGCAGCCAGAACCUGGAAAGCUCCGAGUAUCUCCACGACAACAGCGUCUCCUUGCUACUUCCUCUCAAGUACGGCAUCGACGUCAACGUCCACGGUUUUGUGACUCCCACGUCGUUUGUGUUUGGCGACGAAGACGCCAAACCUGUCCAAUGCUACUCGCAGACCUUCAACUACACUUACAAGGUGGUGAAUUCAGGUCCCAGCAAGGCAGUGGACACUUUGCUGGAGAUUACGCUGCCAAAGCUGUUGACGCCGUACCCGCACCGCUUGCUGCAGGUGGUGGACUGGCAGUCAUCGCAAGGCGCCUGCUCGCUCAGCCAAGCCACCGUGCCCGUCAUUGACGACUGCGACGUCCCACGGGCCUCCUUUAUCAAACAAAUCAUCUUCUUCUUCUCGUCCACCUCCACGCGCAACAUGUUCUGCGGGCGCGGCGACCCACUGUGCGAGCAUCUGCUGUGUCGCCUGGGCCCCGUGGAGGCCGGUCAAGAUGCCACCGUUGGGCUGCGAGCGCAACUCAACCCCGACGUCUUGCUGCAAGCGCCCGGUCGGCAGGGCGUGGUCAGGCUGGAGAGCAGGGCGCUGAUAUCAUGGCCUAGGAAUGACCGACACACCGUGCUAGAGCGGGAGCCGGCCGUGGCGCAGGUGCUGCUGGAAGGGCACUACAGCCAAAAACCUUCGGUGCCAAUCAAGGUGUUGAUCAUCGUGCUCAGUUUGCUGGUGGGUCUGACGAUCCUGGCGGCGCUCAUUUGGUGCUUGUGGAAGGCCGGUUUCUUCAAGCGCCGCUCGCAGAAGGAGGAGGAGUUGAAGCGUGACAGCUGGGACUACGUCCCCAAACGCAGCAACCGGGAGAGCCAGUCCUAAGGACCAACGGCCGGGCCACUUUUGGAAGACGAGGGAGGGAGGGAGGGAGGGAGGAAAGCCAGACGGAGCCAUGGCAAGGCUUUCCCGGGAAAGCUUUGGCAUCAUCCGUCCUAUGACUUCCACCUCAAGUGAGCCUCCCUGCUUGUCGAGUCGAGUCGAGGACCUCCCGUUGAGCAACACUGGCCGGCCGUGCCAACUUGUUGUGCCCCUGUAAAGUCUUGCUUGUGUUUCUACUGAUGUAUUUUCUAUUUAAUACACACAACAACUCUC